GGGGUUCUGGGUAUUUGUUCUUUAUUUAUUUAUGUAUAUUUAUAUAUAUUUAUUUAUUUUUUAUAUAUAUUUAUAUAUUAUUUAUAUAUGUUGUGUUAUAUGUCACAUCACCCCCUGACUUAUUUUGAGUUUUUUGCUGUUUUUCUGUGUAGUGUUUUAGUUCUUGUCCUGCGCUCCUAUUUUGGUGGCUUUUUCUCUUUUUUUGGUGUUUUCCUGUAGCAGUUUCAUGUCUUCCUUUGAGCGAUAUUUCCCGCAUCUACCUUGUUUUAGCGAUCAAAAAUAUUUCAGUUGUUUUUAUCCUCCUUUGUGGGGACAUUGUUGAUUGUCAUGUCAUGUUCGGAUGUACAUUGUCUUUGCUCCGCAGUAAGUCUUUGCUGUCGUCCAGCAUUCUGUUUUUGUUUGCUUUGUAGCCAGUUGAUUUUUUAGUUUUGCCUCCCGCUGUUCCCGACAUCUACAAAGCAAUUAGCUACCGGCUGCCACCUACUGAUAUGGAAGAGUAUUACACGGUUACUCUGCCGAGCUCUAGACAGCACCGACACUCAACAACGGCACAUUAUUUAUAAAGAUGGAUAAAGAUCCUUUUAAAUCAGUGUUUUUCAACCUUUUUUGAUCCAAGGCACACCACCAGCAGAAAUGUAUUAAAAAUGAAACUCAGUUGACAGUAAAAAGUCGUUGUCGCAAUUGUUGGAUAUGACUUUAAACCAUAACCAAGCAUGCAUCAGUAUAGCUCUUGUCUCAAAGUAGGUGUACUGUCACCACCUGUCACAUCACCCCCUAAUUUAUUUUGAGUUGUUUGCUGUUUUCCUGUGUGUAGUGUUUUACUUCUUGUCUCGCGCACCUAUUUUGGUGGCUUUUUCUCUUUUUUUUGGUAUUUUCCUGUAGCAGUUUCAUGUCUUCCUUUGAGCGAUAUUUCCCGCAUCUACUUUGUUUUAGCGAUCAAGAAUAUUUCAGUUGUUUUUAUCCUCCUUUGUGGGGACAUUGAUUGUCAUGUCAUGUUCGGAUGUACAUUGUGGACGCCGUCUUUGCUCCACAGUAAGUCUUUGCUGUCGUCCAGCAUUCUGUUUUUGUUUGCUUUGCAGCCAGUUCAUUUUUUAGUUUUGCCUCCCGCUGUUUCCGACAUCUACAAAGCAAUUAGCUACCGGCUGCCACCUACUGAUAUGGAAGAGUAUUACACGGUUACUCUGCCGAGCUCUAGACAGCACCGACACUCAACAACAACACAUCAUUUUCAGACUGUAAUUACCUGUUUGCAAAAAAUAUUUUGAACCCAAAUAGGUGAAAUUGGAUCAUCUCCCACGGCACGCCAGACUGUACAGUGGUUGAAAAACACAGACUUUUCGUUUUUAGACCGUUCCCUCCCAUCCUUACAUGAGAUUACAUUGGCGAAAAGCAGGGGCAUCACUAGAUUUUAAGGACAGGGGGGGCUUAGCCCCCAGGAGAUGCACAGGAUGCGAGUGAGUAGCGCACGAGCACAAAACUUCACAAACGGCUAACAGAAAUUAUUCAUUGUUAUUAUUAUUAUUUUAAAAAAAAUGCACGGGACAAAAUGAAAUGCUCCCCGGGACGAUGGUUUUAACCAUUUUUUUCUUUUUCUUUUUAUGUAUUUAUUAAUUUUACAUUUUAUAUUAAAUGUCUUGGUUUUUCCUCCCUCUGAAAGUCCUAUGAAAUAACAAGCUAUAAUACACCAGCAAUUAAUGUAACAAUACAAUAAAACAAAUAUAUUUAAUGAUGUUUUUUUUUCAUUAUUUUAUGUAUAUUACUUGAUAUAGAUUCUACAAAUGAUGUGGGCAUUUUUUAUAUGAACAAGUCCAAGGACCGCAAGCAAGGUCGCAGAGAAAAUGCGGACUGGAGUUUGAGUGAUGUGGGCAUUUUCUAUAUGAACAAGUGGAAUGGAUUGGAUACCGACACACUAAAGGGGCUCUCUACCUUACGCUAUGAAGUGAGGAAACUGAGUGAAUAAUGACAGGUUAUAUGAUUAUUUAAACUCAUAUUUGGGCCACUUUAUAAUAUGUCGGCAUGUAUUUGUAAAAAAAAUUAAAUUAAAAAAUAAAUAAAUAUAACACCAAAUUAUUUAGGGGGGCUUAAGAAUAUUUUAGGGCGGCUUGAGCCCCCCUAAAAUAGGCCUAACAACGCCAAUGGCGAAUAGUUUCAUUCGCAUUCUGACCAGGAAUAAGGGAAGGGACUUAGACUAAGAGAAUUCUGUGUUUUGGAGGUUGAGGGUGGUCUUUGAGAGGAGUUGGGUUACCUGGUCCGCCGACCCACCAGCUCUACUGUGGAAAACAAACCUUUGACCACAUGACUGAGUCAUCCUCCCACACUGCACUUAUGUGUGUGUGUGUAUUCCUGAAGACUGCCUAUGGAACACACAGCUUUCUGGCAGGCUGAGAAUUGUCCAUAUAAUGCAGGGGCCCCCACAGCCCCGUCUCUCCCUUCUCUCUGCUGCCCACGUCACAUACUGCGUAGUCGUCCCCUCUCCUGCGUGUAUGCGCCUGCACACAACAGUUACAAUGUGAAACAUGAGCGUCAAGUGUGUGUGUGUGUGGAGGAGGAGGAAUGACUGUGUGGUACAUUGUGAGUACGAGAGAACAGAUAGCCGAGUGUAUUCUAGACUAAAGCAAGGAGAGUAACCGAUCUGAAAGAGCGUCCAUUAUUUUUCUUUGUUUUUUUGUUUUUUUCUGGACUGUGCAGCCUGAGAGGAACACCCAGCUAUUGUAUGAGAACAACGUCAAUACUUUAGUAAAGUAUUGUUCAGUUUUGCACAGUUCUUUCCUGACAGAAAACAAUGACACUCCUCCAUGUUGGGUAUGCUGCAACCCUGUGAAUCGAAGUGAAGGGACUACAACUGUGUGCAUAGCUGUUUUCACCCCAAAGAUGAAGGGUUAGCGGCGGACUAUCGAAUCAUGGAUUGGGCUUUUGAUCAAAUACCCUUUCAGAGCCUAUAAAGAGGUUCAGGAGCAACGUUAAACUUAUAAAGACACUGAAAAUCUCAAGGACGCUUAUUAUGGUGCUGACAUAGGUGACGCUAUUGAUCCUAUUGACGCUAAGAUGAGUGUUUCCAAGCCAGGUGAGAGAGUCACUGAUGUGAAGAAGAGAAAGACGAGUAUGAGACUCCCUCUUCAAGGUACAGGAGACUACAAUGGAAAUGCUUUUCCGGUUUUUUCCUCUUCUUCGUCCUCUUCCUCCUGUCUGGGAGAGUCUCCAGAGUCGGUGCACAGUCGCAGCAGCAUCAACAGUGGCUGUGCUGUCAGCCCACACAACAACGACUCGCUCCAAGUCACCCUGGCAACGACUCUAAUGACCAAAACGGACGGAAUUGUGGACGAUGCAAUCCAACAUUCAUUGAACAGAAGCCAAUUUGCCGAAAAUGAUAUUUCAUUUGAAAAAAUGCAAACGGCAACUGAUCUGUCGGACUCUAACGACAACUCUAUAUCUGUUUACCUUGAUGCCAGCGCUCAUGAACACCAAGAAACCUGGAAGGACUACGGCAGCUUUGCACUGUCCCUGGCUUUGACAUCCAGUAUAGUCGGUCGUAAUCAUAACAACAGACUUGGCUCAUCGACUCCAGACUCGGAGGCAACAGAAAUUCUUGCAGAUUAUGACGACGACGACGACGGCGAAGACGAAGCCUUGUUUUUGUCAUUGAACUCUGAAACUGGUGUACAGAGAACCAUCGCAACUCUCACAAACACAUCCAAUCCAAGCCUCUUUAGCAGAGGGGACUUGGCACAGACGCCACCCACUGAAGCUAUGAGCGUAGAUCAUACCCCGGUAUCUGGGAUGUUGUUACCAGACAAACAGGAUACAUUUCACAUACAAUCUGAGGACAGUGGCACCAACUGCAAAUCAUGUCUUAUUCCCUCUGGAAUAAGUCUUGACCAAGACGCCAAUGACUUUGCCCCGUUAUCAAAAUUAGCUGAAAGCAGUCCAAACCUCAAGACAACGACUUUGGGAAUUUCAAAUCAUGAGGAAAAGAGGCUUCCGAAACUGGACUUUAAAAACAUCAAGGCUAAAAUUGUCUCACAGCCCACCCACUCCCAGAGUAAAUCUGUUUCAACAUUCGGAAGAAAAACUGUUUCCAGGAAGGAUGAAGUGGAAGUUUGUAAUGGAGAUAAAAGAUCCGCUGGUACUGUCAGAGUGGCUGCGGGGUUGAAACCCAUCCAAGGACCGCGUACUAAUGUCAAAAGCAGCCACAAGACAGCGCCCAGGGAUUCCACAAAGUCAAAAAGGCAGAGUGGGACCAUCCGUAGAAUUCCUUCAGACUGCCCCAGUGUUUUGGACUCAGAGGUGACUGAGAAAAAACACAGCGCCAGACCCAGAAAGGACGAUCAGGAGGUGUCUGAUGAACACGAAGUAAACGUAGAGUCGACACAUCCAAAGGAGUUACCUGGUGAAAAAUGUGUGGUUCAAACUCCACCGGCUGCAGGCAACGUGGAUAAACCAAGGAACCAUACUUUGAAUGUCUCCAAGCUGGGGCCCAUGGCAAGGCAGCAGGGGCCAAGCACGCGAGCGGUUAAGGCACCGCCUCCGGCGACCCGACCUCCAGGUCCAGAGGGCCCCAGGUCCCGGCAAAGUCAAACAGAUGGACCCGUGGCGAGAGAAGUCGGACAGAGUGCUGGAGAUGGAUCUCCGAUGCGAGUGAAACACUUUCAAAGCCUGGCUCUUUCAAAAUCCCGUAAUGCCACACCAAGCCCUUCGAAUUCCAACUCGAAAUCAAGAGUCAGUCCGCAGCCAGCAGGUGGACGACCAGCAUCAAAACUUCCUGUAAAAGGAGUACUCCCAAGCCUGAGUUCCUCAUUGAUGGGAUGCAAAGAGAACAACAGGUCCACGUGCAGAGCUUCCCCAACAUCCACAUGUAGCCCGGUUUCAACAGAGACCAGGUCAGAGGAGAGGCCCGGCAGAUGCAAUGCUCCUGCGACCAGCAGCCUGUCUGGGACCACUUCCAGUAACACUGGCAUCAACUUGAACAACAAUUGUGUCCCUGCUGGCUCAAAGGCCCCUGCAUUGAGAAACCGGGCACUGUCAACGCAAUCGAAAACAACAUCUUCAGGUGUGAAGAUCCCCUCAGUCAACAAUUACAAUGCGACUAAGGCAGUAGCGUCUAAUCAAACCACGGAAAAGAUUCCUUCAACUGUCCGCCCGGAGCUGACGAAGCAGACAUCCAGUCCUUUGCAAAGAAGUGGCUCUGCAAGACUCGGCCGACUUCACGGGACAGUUGACAAAAAGCCCCGGGAUGUACCAGCAAGAUCCACAGCGGCUCCACCUGCAGCAGGAAACAACAACCAGAGCAAGCAGACUCCACCGCCAGAUCUGGUACCGGGUACGCCAAUGGCUGUCUCAGAUUCCACCAACACCGAGUUAGGUACCGCAGCACCCACUGUUCUUGGGUGUAAAACAAGAACCGGGUCCAGGGGCAGCCCCAAACAUGGAGCCCAUUCACAAAGUGCACCCAAGCCUAGUGUGGCCGGAGCUAUGGUGGCUAAACAGGAUCCUAACAAGGAAGAUGUGGAGAAGAAGCAGUCCAUAAGUCUUCGGAAAGUGCUCCUCCAAGCCAAUAAGAGAGUGGAGGCUUUCGCUACUGUCAUUCAACACCUUUUCCUUGAGCGUGAGGAGACUUUAAAGGAGAAGAAGGAUUUAUCGAAAGCACUGGAAAGCCUCAGAAGCGAGCUGGCGGCAUCGUCUCAGUGCUGUGAGCGUUUGCACAAGGAGAAGGAAGAGGUGCGCGUCAAUUUGGAGGAGGCCUUGAAGGAGCUCGACGAGCGUCACAAGGAAGAACUGGUGCAACUGGAGGACAGAUUGAGGAGUUUUUACCAGACGGAGUGGGACAAGGUCCAUAAAACGUACCAGGAGGAGGCUGACAAAUAUCGCAUGUUGAUGGAGCAACAGGUGGAGGAGCUGAGGACCAGACAUGAAGCUGAGAGGAAGAACCAGGAAACAAGUCAUAGUCAAACAAUAGAGUCCCUCAAACAACAGCAUGAGACCUCUGUGCAAGAGUUCAAAGACAUUGAGAAAACCAACCUGGAGAACCUGGAGAAAACACUAAAGGAAACAGAAACUACUCUUUCUGACAAAAUAUAUGUGCUGUCAGCAGAGAAGGAGGCCCUGAAUGAGAAGCUGAAAACCGAGGAGGACAGGAGGCGGCGGAUACUCACCGACAAGAAUCUGAGGGACUCCCACACCGUUUACCUGGAGCAAGAGCUGGAAAGUCUGAAGGUGGUGCUGGAGCUGAAGAACAGUCAGCUGCAUCAGAAGGAAAAGAAGCUGAUGGAGAUGCACAAACUGGUGGAGACAAAUGUGAAAAUGGAGGAGUGUUUGAGAAAGGUUCAACAGGAGAACGAGGACUAUAAAGCCAGGAUGGACAAACAUGCUGCUCUCUCAAAGCAGCUGUCCAGCGAGCAGGCCAAACUCCAGCAGACGCUGCAGAAAGAGUCCAAGGUCAACAAGCGUCUGUCCAUGGAGAACGAGGAGCUGCUGUGGAAGCUGCACAACGGCGACCUGCUGGCGAGUCCACGCCGACUCUCCCCCACGUCUCCCUUCGGCUCGCCGCAGAACUCCGCCUCCUUCGCCGCAGCUGCGCCCUUAUCUCCCAGAUAGUGGCCUCGAUAUACCCUUCCUUCUUUUUAAAGGGAAAGUUGUUUUGAAAGCGGAGACGUGGAAGACGCCGGUCCAUGUGAGCGUCCGACUAUCAACACGGCAGACUUUUAUUUUUUCCUGGAGAAAACAGGCACACCUCAGGGUCUGUAUAUAAAACAUCCCUCUUGUUAUGUCCAUCCUUACCUUUUUGUCUUCUUGUUAUGUACACAUGUUGAGGUCUUCGGUUAUUUCUUGUGUUACCAUUCAUUCCAAAGACACACGAACUUUGUGGUAUCUGUUCUUGGUUUGUGGUUUGUGGUUUGCUUUGAGUUUGUAAACUGCAAAAUGUCGGUGGAUUUACGUGGAACGUUUUUUUGCCUGUCGGCUUCUUGCUUGAGAUACACUAUAUUGCCAAAAGAAGGCCUAGCUCUCAAACUGUUCCCACAAGGUUGGGAGUGUGGAAUUGUCCAAAAUGUUUUGGCAUCCUGGAGCAUUCAAAGUUCCUUUCACUGGAACCAACUCCUGACAAACAACCCCACACCAUAAUUCCUCCUCCACCAAAAUGCAGUCCGAUGCCAUCCCAUUCCUAACCCAUAGGCUUCAAUAUGAUGUCGGUCCACCUUUUUGCAGCUUCAACUCUUCUGGUAAAGCUGUCCACAAGGUUGCGGAGUGUGUUCAUUGGAUUAGUCCACCAUUCUUCCAAAAGUGCAUUGGUGAGGUCACACACUGAUGUGGGUCGAGAAGGCCUAGCUCUCAAACUGUUCCCACAAGGUUGGGAGCGUGGAAUUGUCCAAAAUGUUUUGGCAUCCUGGAGCAUUCAAAGUUCCUUUCACUGGAACCAACUCCUGACAAACAACUCCACACCAUAAUUCCUCCUCCACCAAAAUGCAGUCCGAUGCCAUCCCAUUCCUAACCCAUAGGCUUCAAUAUGAUGUCGGUACACAUUUUUGCAGCUAUUACAGCUUCAACUCUUCUGGGAAGGCUGUCCACAAGGUUGCAGAGUUUGUUCAUUGGAUUAGUCCACCAUUCUUCCAAAAGCGCAUUGGUGAGGUCACACACUGAUGUGGGUCGAGAAGGCCUAGCUCUCAAACUGUUCCCACAAGGUUGGGAGCGUGGAAUUGUCCAAAAUUUUUUGGCAUCCUGGAGCAUUCAAAGUUCCUUUCACUGGAACCAACUCCUGACAAACAACCCCACACCAUAAUUCCUCCUCCACCAAAAUGCAGUCCGAAAUGUACCGUUCUUCUGGCAACCUCCAGCCCCAGACUCGUCCAUCAGAUUCAUCACUCCAUAGAAGGCGUCUCCACUGCUUUAGAGUCCGGUGGCGUCGUGUUCUACACCACUGCGUCCAACGCUUUGGUGAUGUAUGGCUUAGAUGAAGCCAUGGAAACCCAUUCCGUGAAGCUCUCUGCGUACUGUACGUGGGCUCAUUGGAAGGUCACAUGAAGUUUUGGAGCUCUGUAGCAACUGACUGUGCAGAAAGUCUUUGCACUAUGCGCUUCAGCAUCCGCUGACCCCUCUCUGUCAGUUUACGUGGCCUACCACUUGGUGGCUGAGUUGCUGUUGUUCCCAAACUCUUCCAUUUUCUUAUAAUAAAGCCGACAGUUGACUUUGGAAUAUUUCACGACUGGAUUUUUUGCACAGGUGGCAUCCUAUGACAGUUCCACGCUGGAAAUCACUGAGUCACCGGGCCAAGUGAUUAGGACACCUGAUUCUGAUUAUUUGGAUGGGUGGCCGAAUACUUUUGGCAAUAUAGUGUAUGUUUCUUUCCUCCCAAAGAGCGAAGCUCAAUCAAUCACUCGCCUAAAGAAGUGAACUAACAGUUUGUUGCAUACACCUGAACUAUGGACUUGGACCUGAUCCUACGGACGUUCUGUGUUUCGCUCCUUCCAACCUUACUCUACUCUGUGGAAUGUAAUCCUACACAGGCCGGAGCCGUACAAAUGGCAAUAAUUAAUACCCUGUAAAGUCGCCUGGAGCCCGCAAAACUUCAUUCAGAGACAAUGGCCUAUGCCAAGUUUUGUUGCUCCAAAAAACCUCAAAUGUAUCCAGAAUGCCUCAGCAAGUUCCUUUAUUUUUACAAAAUAGGAUAAAUAUAAAAUGAUAUCACGUCA